UGAAACAAUCAUGGCCGACGUCGAUAGUCUGCACGCGACGGAUUCCGAUUUAGAUCAAGAUACUAGCGCUGUAGAUGCAGAUGGAGAAGACGAUGACGUCUCAGAAGAAGGACAUCAUCUGGAGGGACACAGGAAAAAAAGUAAGCAGAAAAUGAAGAGAAGACCAGCAAGGCAAACAGACCCUUCCAGCGGAGACUCAGACAGUCAAAUAAUAGACCCACCACAUAACCAGAAAAAAGUGAAUCCACAUAAGCAGUCAGGAGAUGCCUACCCAGCUGAGGAUCAUAUGCAUGAUAUCCGUGAGGGGAGUUCUCGUGAUGACACAUCGUCAGCAGGGGGAAGUACACCUGCCAGCAAUGCUCCUGCUUCAUCAAGUGCCUCUAAGUCACAGGAGGCAGUGAAGAGUCCACCUCUUCCUGUUGAUAAGCUCCAAGAGAUCCAGCGUGCCAUGCAACUGCUGGGAGUCCCCCAAGGGGCGCCCAAGAACUGGGAAGAGGCGUCAAGAAAAUCCUACCAAUUCUGGGACACACAACCAGUGCCUAAAUUAGGUGACAAAGUGACAGAGAAUAGAGCAAUAGAAGAGGAUCGUCCUGUGGAAGAAAUUCGACAGGAAUGUUACUCUCUACCAGCUGGUUUUACCUGGGAUACCUUAGACAUUACUAGUCCUUCAAUUUUGAAAGAACUGUACACUCUGCUCAAUGAAAACUAUGUUGAAGAUGAUGACAACAUGUUUAGAUUUGACUACUCACCUGAAUUUCUACAAUGGGCACUGCAGCCUCCUGGCUGGCUGAAGGAAUGGCACUGCGGUGUGAGGGUUAUCAAGAGUAAAAAGUUAGUUGGCUUCAUAAGUGCUGUCCCUGCUGAGAUCAAGAUCUAUGGAGUUGACAGGAAGAUGGUGGAAAUCAACUUCCUCUGCGUACACAAGAAGCUGCGCUCUAAACGUGUGGCCCCUGUUCUUAUACGUGAGAUCACGCGGCGUGUGCACAUGCAGGGCCUGUUUCAGGCUGUUUACACAGCGGGAGUGGUGCUACCCAAACCAGUGGGGACCUGCAGAUAUUGGCACAGGUCUUUGAACCCAAGGAAGCUGAUAGAAGUGAAAUUCUCCCAUCUCAGUAGAAAUAUGACCAUGCAGAGGACUCUCAAACUUUAUAAAUUACCUGAUUCUCCAAAAACCAAGGGUUUCAGGCCAUUCACACCAGCAGACGUGGGAGAUGCCUUCAAGCUGAUGGUCAAAUAUUUAACCAGGUUUGACCUUGCCCCUGUGUUCUCAGAGGAAGAAUUUCGCCACUGGUUCAUUCCGCGGACAAAUAUCAUUGACAGUUAUGUUGUGGAGAAUAAUGGUGUAAUCACAGACUUUGUGAGUUUUUACACUCUGCCCUCCACAGUGAUGCACCACUCCUCUCAUAAGUUCCUGAAAGCAGCGUACUCUUUCUACAACGUCAGCACUAAGACCCCGUGGGUGGACCUCAUGCAGGACGCACUCAUUGUGGCCAAAAAUAUGGGAUUUGAUGUGUUCAAUGCCUUGGAUUUGAUGGAGAACAAAGAAUUCCUGGAAAAGCUCAAGUUUGGCAUUGGAGAUGGCAAUCUACAAUAUUAUCUGUAUAACUGGAUGUGCCCUUCAAUGAACUCUGAACAGGUUGGUUUAGUUCUGCAGUGAGGGAUGUCCCCCAGAGAUACUGUGUUAUCUGUCAGAGAGAGAAGAGACAGUGGUCUGCAGGCAUAGCACUGCCCAUGGUGAACAACCUCCUCUACAACCUGAGUGUUGGGGGAAGGAUAAUAACUACACUAACUUAUUCAUCUGAAACUGAUAUUUUGGUUAUUUUAAACAAUCAUGAAAUAUGAAGACUUUUAAAGUAUGUGUUGCAUGCUGAGGAUUGGAGCAGGGACAGUGACUUGGUUGACUUUGCCUUGAAGGUUGAAUAUUUCAUUGAUAAUGUAUUUGACACUGUGGAAGGUGAGAGCCUGAGACGAGUUGCUAUGCAACAGCAAGUUUAACUGAAACACCAUAUCCUCUUGAUGUGCAAAGAAUAGCAUCGAGCUUGGCAGACCUGAAGACUAGGAGAAAGCAUGUGCUCUCAGUCUAAAAGGAUUAUAUUAUUUUCCAUUCAUGAUGAUGUAACCAUGUGAAUAUUAGCUGACUGUUGUUUAUAUUGGUGUUUUUGUAAGAAAAUUAGCAUAUAUUCAGUGGUAGAUGUUUUACCUUUUUCAUUUGCUGUGUUACACUCUAAAUAUUUUGACCCUGUUCAUACAUAAGCAGUUAAAAAAAGAUGGAUAUGCCAAAGCAGAUAAAUAUAAACUAAUAUAAAUCUGUCUGUUGGAUCUUGUCAUUUUUUUACUCAUAAAUGUUCAUGCAGGUUCAGUAAUUGCUUAGAAUAUGGCAACUUUCAAUCAGUGGCAUUGUAUCCUGAAAAUAAUAAAACAAACACUUGACACUUAAUGGUAGUUUAUCAACAACAAAGUUGAGAAUGCAUUAAACAUGAACAGUUAGUCUUUGUUUAGAAGGUACUGGUGUUGGUUAAUAGUGCAAAUAGGCCUUGCAGGAAUCGUAAGCACAGCAGCCUAAACUGAUUUGUCUUCAUUUGUCAGCUUUAUAGGACUAAGACAGACAGACUAACAGACUACAAGCUAGAUAAAUAUCUCACGCUGUCAAACUGAAUGUAAUAUUGGGCAUGCAACUAUGAUUAUAAUUUUUAUGGUUUCUUGUAGUCCCCUUCUCAACCAGAUUACAAAGAUUAGACUUCAGGAUGUUUUUAAUUUUCCUUUUUUUUUUUUACCAUACUUAAGGACGCAAAUACAAAUACUAGCCAUGAUCAUGAACUGACAAUUUCUUUGCAGGGUUUAAAGAUGGAAGGUCCUCUCAGUUUUGUCUUACUCAUCCCACUUCAGAUAUAAAGAUUUUGUUUGUUAAUAAAUGGUCAGAGAUUUGUUACAAAAUAGAAUUUUACAUUAAAAAAAAGAUUAUAGAGAAUAAAAAUCAAAUUUUCUA